AUGGCAGUAGUCAUGCUCGUCGGAGGGGUGGUCAUCACGAUCCGCCACGGCACCAUCGAGACCGUGCCCUACACCAACCGCCACCACUUGCUCAUCAUCUCGUCCGAGGAAGAGCGCAACCUCGGCGAGUCGCAGUUUGCCAGCCUCAAGAAGGAGCUGGGCAAGAAAGUCCUCCCCACGUCCCACCCGGAUACCGUCCGCGUCACCGGCAUCUCCACCAAGAUAAUCGACGCUGCCCGCCGCGGCCUCGCCAGCGAUGACAAUGGUAAGCUACUUGACGAAGCAAUUUGGAGCUCCAAUGCAGCGCAGAAGAAGAAGCCAAGGAAGGUUUGGGGAGGGCAGCCGAUGACGAAGCAUCUCGACGAGCUCAAGUGGGAGGUAAUCGUCGUCGACGAUAAGCUGGUGAAUGCAAUGUGCUUGCCCGGUGGCAAGAUCGUAGUCUACACCGGGUUGCUCCACCACUUCAACACUGAUGCUGAGAUUGCCACGGUGCUAGGGCACGAGAUUGCACACGUUAUUGCAAGGCACAUUGCCGAGACGUUCACCAAGAACAUGUGGACUGCCAUUCUGCAGGCGUUAAUGACUAUCGACACUGAUGACUCAAAGAUGGUCAAUGAUCUGACCGAAUACCUACUCACUUUGCCCUUCUCACGAAAGAUGGAGAUAGAGGCAGAUCACAUCGGAAUCCUGCUGCUCGCAGCUGCUGGUUUCGAUCCACGCGUAGCGCCUGGCUUCUACGAGAAGCUAGGAAAGAUCAGUGGGAACACAUCGGCAUUGGAACAGUACAAAAAUACUCAUCCGUCCAGCGAGAAAAGAUCACGGCUUUUAGCGGAGCCCAAGGUCAUGGAGAAGGCGAUGGCAUUGUACAGAGAAGCAAGAACAAGAAAUGGAGAAAGUGAAUGA